AUGAACGUAAAUCAUCAAAGUGAGUAUUUUGACGCGUGUGGUGUAUGCCAAUUGCUCAUGCCGUGCAGACGCGAUCAGUCGCUCACGAUGAUAAUGAGCACUCUCCAUCGGCUGGAGACAAAAUUGGAAAAUAUUCCAUCAUCCAUCUUGAGUGACCUGCAGUCUCUCCGGGGUCAGAUGAGCACACCGGGCCAUGAUCUCCAGAUGCACUCGUUACCUGCCCUGGGGGAUGAGGGUCAGCUCAUGUCAACGUUGCCCACGGCCGGUGACAACUUCACCCCGGCGGCGGCAGGGGAUGGUGACGACUUCGAGCUCGAAGAGAGCCAGAUCAAGCCAGACUCGGCUGGCCGGGUCUCCAUCUCCUUCAGUCAACAUGGUGUCAUUCAGUGGCCUGGUGCCCGACAGAUCCUCCCGAAGCAGUUGCUUGCCACCUACGAGAUGCUCGGGAAGAACUAUGUGAUCGAACUGGAAUCUGAACGACCACCCCUGUCUAUGUUCACCAGCUCAUUUCCUCUCCAAGCGGGCGACCACUGGUUGGAAGUUCUCCCGCUCGCUAUGAUCAGGGGCCUGGCAGAUGCCUUUUUUGACGUUUUCAACCCCUUCACCCCGAUCAUGGACAGGGGGUUCUUCUUCUCGUUUACGCUGGGGUCUGCCAUUGAAAGCGGAUUCGGGUAUAAUCUAGAGAGCUGUUUGGUUCUCAAUGUGUUGGCGCUGGGCUGUUUGGCUGUUCUCGCCUACCAAGAAGGGAAUUACCCUCUGCCAGGCACUCAAGGCCAUCGGUUUGAGCCUCCGGACUGGAUCAACGUUGUCUAUGAAGAGCAGCCUGGUUUGCGGUUCUUUAACGAGGCCCGGCGACGCAUCGGCUUUUUGAUGUGCGACAACGACAUCCAAAGCUGUCAAUUCUAUCUUCUCUCUUCUGUAUAUUAUAACCAAAUCCCUCGCCCUAUGGACUCUUGGGCUAUGAUCCAUCGUGCGGCAACCUGCUGUUUGUCAAUGUUGACCAAUCACCAAGUCAACUUUGAUGUGUGGGAAGGCGACAUGAAAUCCCGCGUAUACUGGAACUGUCUCAUGAACGAGACCAUUCUGGUACAAGAACUUCACCUACCCUCAAGCGGCCUCUCACGACUAGAAGAACAAGUCCCGAUCCCCAAAUUCAUCGGCUUCGAAACAACCGGCUACGCCUCCAACCGCUUCAUCUCAUCCAGCGGAAUCGACGACUCAUACUUCCAAUACCAUUUCCUAGCCCAAGUGGCCCACCGAAUCAUCCUGACCCGGAUCCGCCACUCCCUCUACUUCUACUCCGAUUCAGGAACAUUCCCCCUGCCAGCCGUUAAUACCGAACUCCACCACCAAUUAGAACAAUGGCGCACUAACCUCCCAACCUCAAUCCAAUUCAAUCACGCCCCCUACUCUUCCCACAUCCCCUCCUCUCACCCAACACCCGGAACACCAUCCAUCCACCCUUCCCCCGCCGCAUCAGUCGCAUCUCCAGCUCAGCUCUCCUCCCCAAGACCAAGACCAACUGACCAGACCCGGUCCCGCACUCCAGGAACAGCAGUAACAGACGCCAUGCUCCAUGGUCGCUAUCUCAUUGCACGCUUCCACAUCGGCCGCCCAUAUAUCUACAAAGCUCUUAGCAUCCCCCACCUCCUUACAGAGGAAGACUUCGUGCAGGUUCGAAGUGGUCUCCAGAAUGCCAUGGGAUGGCCUGUUACACAAGGCGUGUUCAGGAGGAUGAAGAGCUGCAUUCCUAUUAGAUUUGCAUUCUGUUCACAGUUCUUUGGUCAAAUUCUUCUCUUCUAUUGUAUAGCCCAUUCGCCGAGCCAGCGUGUUCGUGAGACUCUGCCAGAUGGCUGGGAACGCUGGAAUGAGGAAAUGCUCGGUUUCCUCGAGGAUUGUGCGCCGAAUAGUCCGGCUGUUGCGCAGGAUUUGGAUUUGCUGCGCUCUCUAUGGCCUGAAAAUUAA